AUGGCUGUCGCGAACGACUGACAACGUGACAGAAAUUUGUUGUUGAAAAGCAGGAUUUUGAGCGCAGUAAAAAUAUUUUGCUUAUGUUUCAAUGUGCAUUUCUACAAAUAAUAGAUACUUCAAACAUGACUUUGACGGAUAAUAAUGAACCUAUCAAUGCAGACAACGAAAACAAGUCCAUUCUCGACGUCGGUAACGCUCUUGUGCACGUUGUGAAAGAGGCUCUUAGCCAGGGCAGGGUCACUUUUGGCAUCUUCGAAUGCGUCGAGGUUCUUGAAACAUGCCCGGAGCAGGUAAUGCUGUGCGUCCUCCCCACAGUGUCUGAUGAAAAUAUUCUGAACUUGGUCAACAUUCAGCACAAACUGAUCGAAGCUCAUUGCUGGGAAAAUGAGGUCAACCUCGUGAAAGUGGACAGUUCACAAAAGCUAUUGGCUCUUCUGACCCAAGGAGCAAGCAACCUUGACCGCACAGCUGACCUCGGUUGCCUCUUAGUUGGCUAUCCGACCGAUGACAUGAGCAAAGAUGAUUUUCAGAUCACCAAACUCUCCUAUCUCUUCAAUGAACAGAUGGAACCCAUUGCUCUGCCUGAUUGAGAAUUGUAAGGAGGAUGUUUGAACUUGUACUUAAAAAGGAACAGCAAGCGUUCCUGUCCGCGGCAGCUCAGCCUAAUUGGCUUAUCAAGAUACGGUCUACACCAGAUCCAUAUCAGCUGAAAUUGGCUUGAAAUCCUGCCCUAUGUUAUGAAAAAAAUGUAUUCAAGAAAUAAUUAUAUGUGUUAAGGUACACUUGUCUGAUCUGCCUGGCUACUUAAUGUAUGAGAUAUAAUUAUAUGUGUUAAGGUACACUUGUCUGAUCUGCCUGGCUACUUAAUGUAUGAGAUAUAAUUAUAUGUGUUAAGGUACACUUGUCUGAUCUGCCUGGCUACUUAAUGUAUGAGAUAUAAUUAUAUGUGUUAAGGUACACUUGUCUGAUCUGCCUGGCUACUUAAUGUAUGAGAUAUAAUUAUAUGUGUUAAGGUACACUUGUCUGAUCUGCCUGGCUACUUAAUGUAUGAGAUAUAAUUAUAUGUGUUAAGGUACACUUGUCUGAUCUGACUUGUUACUUAAUGUAUGAGAAAUAAUUAUAUGUGUUAUGGUGCACUUUUCUGAUCUGACAUAAUGUAUGAGAUAUAAUUAUAUGUGUUUAGGUGCACUUUUCUAAUCUGCCUGGCUACAUAAUGUAUGAGAUAUAAGUAUAUGUGUUAAGGUACACUUGUCUGAUCUGCCUGGCUACAUAAUGUAUGAGAUAUAAGUAUAUGUGUUACUUAGUUUGCGCUGAUUAGUGCCGCUAGUUUUGGAUCAGGGUGGUAUUCCAUAUGCAACUUAAGUCAUUCUUAGGGACAUACAUCAUUGAUUGCAUUCACUCUAUUGGUCAGUUAUUAAUUGCAAGUAAUCCGAUUAGCUACAUCGUUCUUAGAUCCAAUUAAGACCAAAAUUGAGUACCAGCCGUGGGGUCCAGAAAAGGAUUAAUAGAAACAUCAAAAAUUUCAAUCUGUAUAUAGAAACGACGCAAAUGUCAACGAGUUGAUUUGUAGUAAAAAAAAAAUACACAAAGAUAAUUUCAAUUUACGAAUGAUAAAUCGAUUUAUAUCGUUAUUGAAUCGGCACCUUAAAUCAUUGUAAUUAUGAUCAAUGUAUUAACUUAAUGAGAAAUGCAUCUGUCUUGUCAGAAGUAUUUUAAUUUAAUUUUGAUGUCAUUUUAAAUUUUUGCAAUCUAAGACUUUGGGUGUUAAGAACAGAAUCUCGUUUGCACUGCAAUGACCUUAAAUGAGUUGAUUGGAUGUUACAUAUACAAGAAAUUAUAGGUUAUAUUUUAGUUUAAUCUAUAUUUAGACGUACAUUUGUAUGAUUCAUGAAUAUACGUUUUAUUUUGCAUUUAAUAAACAAUGUUUUAAGUACAAGAUACAUGUAUUUAGUAAUUAAAUGCACUUUAAAGAUUUAGGAUAUAGUUUAUUCUCUGUUGUUAUAUCUUCUGUGAAAAUGGGGUUUGAAAGUACAUCAUGAAAAAAGCAUAAACGUCUGUUUAUUUAAAUUUAUGUUCUGCCAUUAUCUAGUGCGAAAAGAGGUGAAAUUCAUAAAACAUGUAUAAAACUAUCAAUUUUGUUUUAAAACGAAAAUACAGACAAAACUCAUUAUGUUUAAGUCGUUUGAACCUCGGAAAAGCUUCGAGAUAACGAACGUUCGCUAUAACCAAAAUACAAAACAUGUCUUAUGAAACCCAAAAUAUUCGAAAAAAAUCGACUUAACAGGAAAGUCGAGAUAACAGAUUACGACAUAAAAGCUUUAUUCAGGUACUUCCAUAAAAUUUAAUAGGGGUAUUUUAUGAUUUCGUGCUGGGCACGUUUUAUUUAUUCGUAGAUUAGACUGUUGUACAUUUUUGCUGUGCAAAGUGUAUUGUUCCUCAUUGUUAAUACAUUAUUUAUUUUCCCAUUUUGUAUAAACAUUAUUAUUAUCACAUCGCUACCAUCAUUGUUCUUUAUAUGCAAUCAUCAUUGUUUUAAUGUUAAAGAUGUUAUUGUUCUUAUAUUGAUAACAACGUUAUUCUUAUAUUGCAAACAUCAUUGUUCUUAUGAUGCAAACAUAAUAAUUCUUAUGCUGCAAACAUCGUAGUUCUGAUGUUGCAAACAUCAUAUUUGUAAUGAUGCAGACAUCAUUGUAAUAAUGCGAACAUCAUGGUUGUAAUGAUGCAGACAUACACGUUUUAAUGUUGCAAACAUUGUAGUUGUAAUGUUUCAAACAUCAUGGUUGUAAUAUUGCGAACAUCAUAGUUGUAAUAAUGAAGACAUACACGUUUUAAUGUUGCAAACAUUGUAGUUGUUAUGUUGCAAACAUUAUUGUUUAAAUGUUGCAAACAUGAACUUUUGCCUUACAUUGAAGUGAAAAGUAAAUAAAUGACGAAACAUUA